AUGAUUAUGACGUCGUAUCCGGAACAGCUUAAUGAUACAGUGGUGAGGGUAUCCGAUGAAGAAUUCCCUAUGUUAAUGCCGCGAUGGGGCUACGUGACAUCGGCUUUUGUAUUAUUUAUCAUUGGAUUUUUUGGAUUUUUCCUAAAUCUUCUCGUCAUAGUACUAAUGUUUAAAGAUAGACAGCUAUGGACACCGCUGAACAUAAUACUCCUUAAUUUAGUGUGUUCCGAUUUUUCCGUCUCUGUUUUGGGAAAUCCAUUUACACUUGUCUCCGCCCUGUUCCAUCGGUGGGUUUUUGGACGUACUAUGUGUGUGCUAUAUGGAUUUUUCAUGGCACUUUUGGGUAUAACAUCAAUAACAACUUUAACAGUGAUAUCAUUUGAAAGAUAUUUAAUGGUAACAAGACCUCUGAGAUCGAGGCAUCUCACUUCAAAGGGAGCUGCUAUUUUAAUCAUAUUCAUUUGGGUCUACUCCUUGGCGCUUACUGCACCCCCUCUAAUGGGCUGGGGAAAUUAUGUCAAUGAAGCUGCUAAUAUAAGUUGCUCCGUGAAUUGGCAUGAACAAUCUACGAAUACUUUAACAUAUAUAUUAUUCCUAUUUGCCAUGGGACAGAUCGUACCUCUGGCUGUGAUUACAUUCAGCUACAUAAAUAUCAUUCGGACGUUAAAAAAGAAUUCAGAAAGACUUGGUCGUGUGAGCCGCACAGAAUCUCGAGCAACAGCUAUGAUUUUUUUAAUGAUUGUAGCGUUUACUGUUGCUUGGACACCGUAUUCUCUUUUUGCUUUAAUGGAACAGUUUGCAACAGAGGGAAUAAUUUCACCCGGCUUAGGUGUCAUACCAGCACUUAUUGCAAAAAGCUCAAUUUGCUAUGAUCCGCUUAUUUAUGUUGGAAUGAACACGCAGUUUCGCCAAUCUAUAAGACGAGUUUUUGGUGUACAUAGCAAAGGACAUUCGCAGACAGAAAAAGGAUUACAUAACACUGUAUUAUCUCAAAAGCUAUCUGCAAUAAAUGAAAUUACCAUCCGAUAUAAUACUUCGGAAUUGAAUUUAUUGACUACACCUCAGAGAGACGAAAAAAAUAAAAUUCCUACUGAUGAACGAGCUGAUGCGACUAGAAGCGAUUUUAAUAGCAAAAACCACCCAAAAAUUCCAGAAUUAUCAACAAUCCAAGAAAAUAAAACAGCAUCAGAUGUAGAAAGGUCUGGUGAUGUAGUCUAUGAUGAUGAUUCCAAUAGCAGCACUAAAAUGGAAUCAUUUGUUGAACCUUGCAAGCUUGCCGAUAAUCCUUUAAUUUUAAAAAUAGUAGAAUCAGAAAGCCUACUUCUUAGCCAAAGAGUUAAACGCAAUAACAAUAUCAAGGAUCUGUUAAAAAUUUGUAGUGUUCAAGGUCUUAAAAUACAUUCAAAUGAAGAUAUUAUAUUAGACGAUAACAUGGAAAUCUCAAGGAAACUUCACACCAUGAAACAUAGUUAUUCAUUAGAUUUAAGUUGCGUUUCAAAUGAGGGUAAACGCCGUAAACUUUCUAUAGAAACAAGGAGAGAAUCUUUCAAACCACCGCAGGGUUUUUAG